CAGACCAAAAUCGAAAUUUGUUAUUUAUUUAGUCAAGUUCUUUGAUUCUAAACGUACAUGGGCUUGGGUACCACGUCACAACAUCGUUUCACUAGGUUGGGAUGAUGUUGAUCAACAAUACCUCGAGAGAAAGUUAUUCAAAGGGGUUAGAGAAUGGGAGUCGACGAAAGCUGCUUAUAGGAGAGCCAUGUCUAGUUUAAUUGAUUGAUAAUAUUUAUGUAAUUAUGAAUGACGUCGCAUUACCUGCAAAGACAUCCUUGGCAGUUAUAUUAGUUGAGAUAGGAUUAGUUCGAUCUUCGUUAUGUCCCAGACCAAGAUUCCCAUGCUCGUUCCAUCCAAAGGCCCAAACCAUGUUGUCUUCAUCUAGGAUAAGUGUGUGUUCACUACCUACAACCAUUUUCUUAACAGAUAUUGAUGAUGUAACAAGCUGGGGUAAGACUUCAUUGCUAUUGCUAUUAGGAAGUGCACCACUACGUCCACCUGCCCAUAUAGAUUGUCCAUCGUAUACGACUGUGCCCCUCCAUGUGCAUCCGAAGUCCCGGACUGGUGAAAUGUCACGGAUAUUGAGCUGACCGUAUUGAUUAGAUCCCCAGCAUAUCAAACCAUCUUGCGAUUGUAUAAUAGUGUGCUCUCUUCCUGUUCUAACUUUUAUAAGAGGUGUAGAAGACCUAUAGAGUUCAUGUGGAGUGCUUAAAAAAGAUGUACCACUGUGUUCUUCACCAAGCUGACCUUUCCUAGAUGCUCCCCAUCCGUAUACGAUCCAUAGUGGUUUAUCUACCUGUUUCAAGAGAACUACUGCAUGUCUAAAGGUCGAUGAGAUAUCAAUCACGGUGUGAUUGUCUAAAGGGAGAGACAGAGGGGUGAAUACAGUAGAACCUUCUUUAACACCUCUUAUCCCAAAUUCAUCGCUACCAAAGCUUACCAAAAAGGAAGACUUUUUUGUGUUUGAUUGAAAGAGAACGAAAGAGGUAGACCAACUGGCUGAGCAAAGUGUUGGGGUAUAUCCAUCAUAUCGUAUAUCCAAUAACUUGAGUUCUUCGAGGCACUUAUCGUCUAUAGUUCCAAGUUGACCGCUGUCGUUUAAACCAGCACCGUAUAGCUCGUCUUUCAUUAUGGCUAAGGUAUGAUUACCACCAGUAGAUAAUCGCUCGACAUCGCCUGAAUAGCAAAUUUUGAAAUUAUUCAAAUCCUCACCAGGAAUAGCCAAUUGUGAGUUUGAAUUUGAACCAGCAGCUAAUAAUGUCAUCAAAAACUGAAUUAGUGAAAUUGUUAAGGAAUACUUACAAUUGUUCAAUUACUCAAGCAAUGGCUGCUUUGAAGGAUGGAAACUAUGAUUUGACUAGUUCAAAGAAGGCGAUAGAGACUAUUUUAGAGAGAGAUUCAACCAAAAAGGCUGAGAAAGCACUCAAUAGAGGUGUUGGUAGUGAGGGUUUGAUUGGUACCAUCAUUCUCAACAAUGGAUUCCCUAUAACGACAGGUGUACCUGCAUUGAAUAGAGCUAGAGGUGGUAUCUUGCAAGUUAACUGCGAGACAGACUUCGUUGCUAGAACAACUAAUUUCAAGCAGUUGGUACAGGAUGUUAGUCAUACAUUAGCCUUCUUGAACGAAUCCAACGGAUUCAAAGACAUAGAUUUGAAUGGUGACAUCUUAAGCGCACCUUUGAUACAGUCAAACCCUGAUUCAACGCCUUCUACAUCCUCUAAUACUUCGAUAAAAGAUGCUAUCACUCAAACAAUAGCUAAUGUGGGCGAAAAUAUUACCUUACAAAGAUUCUCAGGUUUUAGCUUGAAUCCUGCAACCGACAAAUCAUCUCCGUUUAGAUUACUCGGACAGUUUACUCACAACAAAUUACAAAACGAGUCAAAUUCACCUGUCGAAUUGGGUACAUUAGCUGGUCUGAUAGACUUGGAAGUCUCUAAUACUAGCAAUGAAUCAACAGCUAGCAGUCUGGCAAAGAAGAUAGCAAGACAAUCAGUUGCUAUCCCAUCAGAAACUUUGGAAGAUUUCAACAGUCAGGAGCUCCUUGGAGGUGCUGAAGGUGAAAGUGUCUUAGAUCACCUCAAGAGCAUGGAUGCAAAAAUUUUAGAUUUCAAAAGAUGGUCCAUCAAGUAAUUUAUUGUAAAUUACACUUUUCAUUAA